AGCAGAGCAGAGCAGAACAGGCUGCUGCAGCUCAGUUCACAGAGAGGCAAGCAAGACGCGCUGCUCACAGAGCUGUGGCAUUCCACUGACAGCCGUGAGCGGGAAAGGACCACUUGGAUUACUUUUUGGGUUUUUGUUUUUUGCUUUGAUCAAACGUGUUUCUGACUGAAUAAUUGGAGAUAUCUGACUUCAUUUUAUUUCAUUUCAUUAUCCACUAGUGCUUUUUUUUUACUCAAAACAAUGGUUGUUCACGCCAUUGACAACUGCACAGCAGAGGAGCCCAAGCUGUAUGUGUUUUUCUCCUCUGUCAUGAUCGUGGAGUUUAUCUUGGCCCUCCCUCUGAACCUCACCGUGCUCUACCUCUUCAUUUUCAAGCUGAAGUUCUGGAAGACAAACAGCAACAACAUUUUCCUCUUCAACCUGGUGCUGGCCGACAUCCUGCUGCUCAUCUGUUUGCCGGUGAAGGCGCACAACUUCCUGCACGGAGAGCGGAGGAGCAACAACAAGGUGGUGUGUGAAGCCAUGCUCUUCAUGUUGUUCCUGAACCGGGGAGCCAGCAUUGCCUUCCUCACAGUCAUCUCCAUAGACCGCUACCUGAACGUGGUGCACCCUGGGAAAAAGAACUUUCUGAAGAUUCUAAAAAAAUCGCCGCAGAUCUCCAUCCUCAUCUGGGUGCUGCUGCUGCCUCUGACCACCCCCACCAUGCUGCAGAACUUCGACUGCUGCAACAGCUUCGGCCGUGACAAGGACAACGCGACGGACAUCCUGAGGGAAAUCGUGUUCUUCACGCAGAUCCUCAUCCCCUUCAUAGUGCUGGUGUUCUGCACGUCUCGGAUUGUGAACCGCCUCAAGAAGAAGACCGUCGGGGACAGGACAAAGCUGCGAAGGGCCACUUUUCUGGUCACCUCUGUGAUGCUGGUCUUUUCUCUCUGCUUCCUCCCGUGUACCAUAGCCAGAAUGGUGCUGUUGAUAGUGCGCGUGCAGGAGUAUGAGUACGCUGAGAUGAUUGCGGUGCAGGUUUACGACGGCCUCAUGUGCUUGUCCUACUUGGACCUUUUACUUGACCCACUGGUAUACUGCCUAAGCAGCACAAAGUUCAAAAGCCUUUACUUGGAACACUACCUCCCGUUUCUGAUCCCGGCUGACGGGCAGCCAAUGGACAGCACGCAUUCGACAGGAAACGCUUCCAACGCAUCCCAUCCGAACAGUGCGCAGAGGACGAGACAGCAGUCAGAGUCACAGGCACUUACGCUCCUAACUCAUGACAAACAGACAGCAACACAGAGGGACUAAAUCAUAUAUUUUUUGUACAGGACAUUUUAUGUGAAUAUAUUAUAAAUGUUUUGCUUGCGUACUGUGAAAUGCAAAAUCUGUGAACGUUCUGUUACAAUUACUCAGCAUUUGUGCAACCUCAUCCGAUUUUUGUUUGGAAUUCCCCGAACCUGGAGUCAGCUGAAGACUACUGCAGGACAGGUGGCAUUGCAAGUGCUCUAUUCACAAUGUCAACUACAGAGGAGUUUUUUAGCCAUGUUGUGAUUCACAUUCACACUGAAUUGAGACAGUGGCGCAGGGACAGAUGCAAAGGUUUUUCUUUUUAAGCUCAACAUCGAAGACAUUUCUUGUUAUGUUAUCUGGGGAAAGCAUGUUAAUGUUGUAUACUGUUGUGCUGUUUGUCUGGGUUGUGAAAGGACUUGAUUGAGUGUAUUUCUUACUACAGUACCCACAGUAUGCUGAACCGCAGAUGAGACCUAAAUCAGUUUGUACAUGUAUAGAACCGUUAAAAUAAAUGUGUUUUU